UGUGAAAUUAUUUACUUUUAGUAUAAAUAAGUCGCACCUGAGUAUAAGUUGCAAACUUAGCCAAGGGAUGAAAAAAAGUGCACCUUAUAUAGUCCUGAAAAUACGAUAGAGUAAAUAAUUUAACCUCAGAGACCAGCAUGACGAUCAGAACAGUAAAACGUUAAAGUAGGCCAACAUGUCACAUUAAUAUAUAACAAUAUACAGUAUAACAUUUUUAAUAUUGAUCAAAAUAAUGUUAAUUACCAAAAACAGAACUAAGAACCUUUGUUGUUCACCAAUGUGGAGGAAAGAGGAGCUGCACGGCACAAUGUUGUUAAAAGUGCAGUCGUCUGUGUCUUAAAGUUUCUUUGCAGGGUGAACUUUAACCCGACACUAUCAACAGACUUCAGUGAGCUUUGUACUUCCUCUGAUAGAACGCCAUACAACGAGAACAGAGGGCAGCGUUUACAAAUGUAAAUAAAUACAUAACAACUUGUCAGUUUUCAGUGACAUUUGAUCGCAACAUUCAGGAAAGAUGAGACAGAAUAUGUUUCAGGAGGGGCUGUACCAGGUGUUUUUUAAAGAUCCACCUCAAACGCCCCGGCGGGAUCAGGUCACCAGUCACGAGGAGUUACACAGUGCACGGCUACAACGAUGGUUUGGGACCGUGGUGAACACCAGGCUGCUGGUGACUGGGGUGGUUCAAGUUCUCAGUGCGUUGGUGUGCAUACUAACCACAGUCAUCCAUGUGUGUGUGAGCUACAGCUGCUCUGUCACAUUACCAGUGUGGUCAAGCCUUUUUUAUGUGGCUGCUGGAAGUCUAACGGUGGAGGUCCAGCGAAAACCGCAUAAAUUUAAAAUCAUCAUCCUGGUGCUUCUCAAUGUGUUUUGUCUGCUCUUUGGAUUCUCUGUCCUUUUGGCUGAUAAUCUUAGGCCAAAACAACCUGAUGUGGUCCAACACCAACCAACAAGCAUCAACCACCAGAAUAUUGGCUCAUAUGUUGCAAAGUGGAGCUCCCUAGCCUUUAGUCUCCAGUGUUUUCUCUCAUCACUGUACGUACUGUUCCUUUCCUGGAGAGGCCUGCGUCGCUAUAGCUCUGCUCAGGUUCAAACCUACGGUCAACUCUCGCAGGAAACAGAAACAAAUGAAGGUCUCCUGGAACACAUGGAGUAUAAUCUUUGAACAUCAUUAUUUUCCAUUUAAUUAUUAUAAUUAUUCAUCUUCUACUUUCUGGUGUUGUAGAGAGUCUUUCAGGAGGUAGAGCUAAUCUCAACUGACCCAAACAGCCAUUUACAUCUAUAGUUAAUAUAGAGCAUCCCAUUUUAACAACACUCGCAAAAUUUUCCAAAUUAUAGAAUUUAUUUAUAUUAUUAUUAUACUUCUGCCUUUCCCCUGGAAUACCUAUGUUUCCCCAAGAGAUGGCGAAAAGUUUGUCCACGCCUGAGUUAGUCCGUAAUCUGCAUGUUUUAGACAGUGGGAGGAAACCUUUAACCAGGCUGUUUAAUGGCGCUAGCAGUAGCCACCAUGUUACAACAUGAAGCCUUGAAAGCUUUUAACCCCUUGUUUUGUUUAUGUAAAUGCAUUGUUAAAUAUUCUCCGGACAUUUGAAAAAAAAAAGUGUUACUGCUGUUGAAUAAAACUGUGGUUUUAUCGUGUUGACUGGACUAAGAA